AUGGAUCUGCUUAUACGAAAUGUGUGUUAUGAAUUCAUUGAAACACCGAAGAACUGGAGCCAGGCUGAACUCGCUUGCAGUCAGCGAGGUGGUCAGCUGCUGAAAGUCAUAGACUGUGAGGUGAAGACAUUUCUCCAGAACUUUACUCAGGACAGGAAUUACACCAAGCUCAACUGGUGGGUGGGGGAAGGGAUUCUAGGAACAUACCAGGGUAACCUAGUUGGUUUUGCAAGGACCCUGCCUGUCAUAUCACUUCUUCAAAACUACACCUCCCAGUACCUUCAGGAUGCUGAUAAUGAGCUGCAGAGGAUGGAGCUGACUGUAGGAGAGCCCACAGACAAUUCCAAGAGUCUGACUCGUCAGGGAGUGAUCUUUGACAACAGCACUAUCAGCCACAUCAUCAACUCUACUGGAGCCAUUCUGCUCCUCUCCAUGAAGAAGUGUGGUGGCCAAGGGGGACAACAUGACCAAGCACUGUAUGACCAGUCCAUUGAAAUCUACCUGACCCUUGCCUCAGUAAUGGGUACACCUUCCACCACGCCUAUAGUCAUACAGCAUGAAACAGGCACUAUCUACAUGACCAGCACCACCCCUGCAGCUCUGGACAACAUGGUUCUGGGGUCAGAUGAUGCGGGUGUGUCUAUCACCUUCCCCCCAUACUCAGUACUAAAGCCACAUGUGGGAAACCUCUCUGUCGUCAAAACUCAACUGGCCACCUACUUCGAGAACCCUCAUGCAUCCAAUGAGACCAUCACAGGAGCUGUCUGCAAUCUUUUGCUGUUUAGUGGCACAUCAGAGAUCCACAUAACUAACUUAUCAGAGGCUUUUGAGAUCCACUUUGCUCGUUCAAAUGCUGCUGCUGUCACCACCAACACUAUGGACGUCAUGAAUGGGACAGCGGUCCUGACCUCCUUCAAUGUGUCAGACACCAAUCAGACGGUGGUCAUCAAUAUGGAGCCCAGCAGGAACGUGUCACUACAGCUGCUGCUGGGCGCAGGCGCCCCACCCAACCACACCCGCUACAACCACAGCACCAUCCUGAAGCCUAGAGGAGGGUAUCGCUGGCUAGUCACCCCUGAGAUGCUGGAGGACAGAGCUGGGAUCUGGUACAUCCACACUAGCCUUUACAACACUACCUGGAGUCCAGGUUUGCAGCUGCGGAUCACCACCUUUUCCAGCAAGUGUGUGUACUGGGACCCAGACCUUAACAGCUGGAGCGUCUAUGGCUGCUGGGUGGGUAUAAGCAGCAGUCCAGAGAACACCCACUGUCUGUGUAACCACCUGACGUUCUUUGGCAGCGCCUUUUUUGUGAAACCAAACUACAUCGACUUGACUCGCACUGCGGAGUACUUUUCCACUGCUAAAGACAACUAUGUGGUGUUGGUUCUUCUGUCAGCCUUCUUUGGCCUCUAUCUGCUCACUUUGAUCUGGGCCUGCUACUCUGACAGAAAGGCCAUGUCUAGGAGAAAGAUGACCCUACUGGCAGACAGCCACCCAUGUGCCUGCUAUAAUUACCUACUGAGCGUGCAGACUGGCCAUCGGAAAGGAGCGGGUACCUCUGCCAUGGUAACAGCAAAGCUCACUGGCGCGGAAGGGAACAGUGACACCCACCAGCUGACAGACCCAAGCAAGCCCGCAGUGUUGGAGCGAGGAGCUGUGGAUGUGUUCCUCCUGGCCACGCCCUAUCCCCUGGGGGAGUUACAGAGUCUCCAGCUCUGGCACAACAACGAGGGCGAGAACCCCUCCUGGUAUGUGGACAAGGUGACUGUGCAAGAUCUGCAGACUCGCAAGGUGUGCCAUUUCCUGUGCUCUUCCUGGUUGAGUGCAGAGAAAGGAGAAGGUCUGACCAAGAAGACAUUCACCCCAGCAAAGAGUAAUGAGAUUACCAGCUUUAGGAACAUCUUUCAGAGUAGGACAGCGUUUGGGUUCCGGGACGAGCACAUCUGGGUGUCUGUGGUUGACCCUCCCUGGCGUAGCCCUUUCACACGUGCUCAGAGAGUCUCCUGCUGCAUGUCCCUCCUCCUCUGCACCAUGGCAAUCAACAUUGCCUUCUGGAACAUUCCGAAAGACGGAAACUCCCCCAUCAUCCUCAAGAUCGGUUCGCUGGAAAUCACCUGGGAACAAAUCAUGGUGGGUGUGGAGAGUGGCCUUCUCAUGUUCCCCAUCAACAUCCUCAUCAUCACCAUCUUCCGCAGCAUCAGACCACGUCAUUCAAAGACCUCGGGGAAAGACACACGCAGGCAGACCCUCAAACCUCACGUCGUUACCAUGCCAACCAUCCUCAAGGACACAGAGGAUCUGGUGAACAUGCUCAGUAGGAACCAGAGAAACCAGGUUGUGGAGCUAAAGGAGAGGCUACUGUCAAGCUCUGAUCUUGUCCCAGCCCUGGAAAGUGUUCAUGGUGUAAUCCAUCUUAUGCAAGGGGAGAGUGAGAGUCAUCCCCACUGGGUGUUCUGUAGCCAGUUUGUCCUGUCUUGUCUGCACCGACUGUCCAUGUCCCUGGAGAGACUGAACCCCGGAAUCUUCUCCAGCCCAGAGGAGCACCAGCAGCUCCUCAGUACUUCCAGUCUGCUUCUGAAGAAGGCUGAGAUGGUCUGCACCAGCCACAUGACUUACUGGUAAAACACCUUGGUUGGGUUUGUAUAGAAUG